ACUUGUGACGUAAGUCAACGACGGUUCCACCCGUGGACCGUGUCGAGUCUUCUUUUAUCUUUUAAGAUCGUCAGUGAAAACGAAAUCUCCUGGAUAUCAUGCUAGUUACACUGCCUGUUUGAGAUUGAGCUCCCUACGUCAUCCUUAUCUUCGCUUUCGAUGAUAAGAAUUGCCUUUUGUCAACGAAAUACUGUAAGCAACCACUCUCCACUUUCAAUCGGGAGGAAGUUAUAAAUUCUAUUUUCAAUGGAAAAGGACGGUGUAGAAAAAGCUCCGGAUCAAUUUAAACUUCUUCCAAAAAUUAUAAAUGGCGGGAUCGCAGGUAUCAUCGGUGUCUCUGUGGUAUUUCCACUGGACUUGGUUAAAACACGAUUACAGAAUCAAGUUGUCGGCCCUAAUGGGGAAAGAAUGUACAAAUCUAUGUUCGAUUGUUUUAAGAAGACUUACAAGGCUGAAGGCUACUUUGGCAUGUAUAAAGGGUCUGGCGUGAACAUUCUUUUAAUCACACCAGAAAAAGCAAUCAAACUCACUGCCAAUGAUACUUUUCGACAUUACUUAUCUACCGGGCCCGGACAGAAACUGCCAUUAGAACGGGAAAUGCUCGCCGGUGGUCUAGCUGGAGCUUGUCAAAUUAUCGUUACAACUCCCAUGGAACUGCUCAAAAUUCAAAUGCAAGAUGCUGGGCGCGUAGCAGCAGCAGCAAAAGAAGCAGGAAAAACAGUGCCAAAAGUGUCAGCUUUAUCAUUAACGAAAGAUUUACUGCAAAAAAGAGGAAUUUUCGGACUUUAUCAAGGCACUGGUGCGACAGCACUUAGAGAUGUAACAUUUUCUAUACUUUACUUUCCGUUAUUCGCUAGAUUGAACGAUAUUGGGCCAAAAAGGGAGGAUGGCUCGUCCGUCUUUUGGUGCUCAUUUUUGGCCGGCUGUACCGCUGGUUCUAUAGCUGCGUUGUCGGUAAAUCCAUUUGAUGUAGUUAAAACUAGAUUACAAGUAAUCAAAAAGGCACCCGGUGAACCAACAUAUGAUGGUGUAUUAGACUGUAUCACUAAAACAUUGAAGAAUGAAGGUCCAACCGCAUUCUUCAAAGGCGGAGCAUGCAGAAUGAUCGUGAUUGCACCUCUUUUCGGGAUUGCACAAACUGUUUACUACCUCGGCGUUGCAGAAUGGCUGUUGGGUCUUAAGUGAACAUUGCCUUCUACUCUCCUGUGCCGUCGUAAAUACUCUGGGAUUUAAACUGACAAUAACUGGCGCAUUAUAGAUGUAUUUUCGCUUGAUAUGG